CCUCCCUGCCUACGCGAGCCCUAGCGCCGCACACUCCCGCCGCCGCACAGCCGCAGGAAGGAGGAGCAGCUGGAGGAGGAAGAUGCCGGCGGGGCACGGGCUGCGGUCGCGGACGCGCGACCUGUUCGCGCGGCCGUUCCGCAAGAAGGGGUACAUCUCGCUCACGACGUACCUGCGCACCUACAAGAUCGGCGACCACGUCGACGUCAAGGUGAACGGCGCCGUGCACAAGGGCAUGCCGCACAAGUUCUACCACGGCCGCACCGGGCGCGUCUGGAACGUCACCAAGCGCGCCAUCGGCGUUGAGAUCAACAAGCAGGUUAAUGGCCGCAUCAUCAGGAAGAGGAUCCAUGUCCGUGUGGAGCAUGUGCAGCCAUCUAGGUGCACUGAGGAGUUCCGCCUGCGGAAAGCCAAGAACGACCAGCUCAAGGCGGAAGCCAAGGCCCGUGGCGAGGUCAUCAGCACCAAGAGGCAGCCAGAGGGACCAAAGCCUGGGUUCAUGGUUGAGGGUGCUACACUUGAGACAGUCACUCCUAUUCCUUAUGAUGUUGUCAAUGAUCUCAAGGGUGGUUACUAGAAUGCUUGUUUCUUGAGGAGAGCUUAAGCCAAAUAGCAACUAUGCUUAUCUGAUUUUUUUUUACUGGUUAGUCUUUGCUGUCUGGACUCUUGCGUAUGUGCCUAUGUGGUUACUGGUUCACAUUAAAGAUUUGAUAUUGUUGAUUUCA